AUGACAUCUGCCCUCCAACAGCUCAAGGCUACUGGCUCUGUUGUAGUCUGUGACUCCGGUGAUUUUGCUACCAUCGAAAAGUACCAACCGCAGGAUGCCACAACAAACCCCUCUUUGAUACUUGCAGCUUCAAAAAAGCCUGAAUAUGCAAAACUGAUUGACUCUGCCGUCGAGUACGGAAAGAAAUCAGGCAAAUCACUAGACGAUCAAGUUGAUUCCACUCUAGAUCGUCUACUUGUUGAAUUUGGCAGAGAGAUCCUCAAUAUAAUCCCAGGCAAGGUCUCUACGGAAGUCGACGCUCGAUUUUCCUUCGAUACCGAAGCCUCCGUCAAUAAGGCCCUGCAUAUUAUCAAGCUCUACGAGGAGGUCGGCAUUCCCAAAGAUCGCAUCUUAAUCAAGGUCGCCUCAACCUGGGAAGGCAUACAAGCCGUCCGCAUCCUCCAAUCCAAACACGGCAUCAACUGCAACCUAACACUCAUGUUUUCACUUGUCCAAGCCAUAGCCGCCGCCGAAGCUGGCGCCUUCCUAAUCUCCCCGUUCGUGGGCCGUAUCCUAGAUUGGUACAAAGCCGCCCACAAGCGAGAUUACACUGCCGCCGAGGAUCCCGGUGUCAAGUCUGUCCAGGAAAUCUUCAACUACUACAAAAAGCAUGGCUACAAGACAAUUGUCAUGGGUGCUUCAUUCCGCAACGUCGAGGAGAUUAUCGAGCUCGCUGGAUGCGACUAUUUGACUAUUUCGCCUAGCCUCCUUGAGGAUCUCUAUAACUCCACUGCUGCCGUGCCGCAGAAGCUUGACUCGCUUGCUGCCGCUAAGCUGGAUAUACCAAAGCGCAGCUAUCUUGGCAAUGAGGCACUCUUCCGCUUUGAUUUGAAUGAGCAAGCAAUGGCUGUGGAGAAAUUGCGCGAGAGUAUCUCUAAAUUUGCGGCAGAUGCUGACGCUCUGAAGGAGCUGCUGAAGCAGAAGAUUCAAGCUCGUGUUUAG